AUGGAAACCAUAUCUUACACCUUUGCAACUAAAAGGGACGACGCUGUAGCACCAGCAAACCCAAUUCUCGCAUCUUCCCUAAUCGAUGACGACGAACUUGACGACUUGAUCGACCGCUUGUACAACUCGGGUAUCCGAGAGGCCAAGCAAGAAAAAGAGCGCAUAGGAAUUGGCAUCAAGAGUGUGGAUACAGCACUAUUCGGUGGCUUGGAAAGUGGCCGGGUAAUUGAAAUCAGUGGUGAAGCAAGUGCAGGUGUCAGAGAGGUUUAUACAGCUUUGCUCGUUACUUGUCUCCUACAGAAUCCGAAAUCCACGGCAGCGGUGGUAGACACGACGGGCAAUUUCGACGUCUUGAGGUUAUACACACAUAUUAUUGCGCGGUUAUCAUGUCAAACUCAGGACCUACUAGCCGCCCUUCGCGAAUCUGUGGGUUUCGGAUCGGAUGCGAGAGCAGAAGAUGUGGCGGCGAAGAUGCUAGAUCGGGUUAAGAUUAUGCGAGUAUUUGAUUUUGAGGGGGUGAGGGAGGCGGUGGGGGAGAUUGGGGAUGAGGUUGAGGGAAGAGGGGGAGUAGGUGAGAAGGACGUGGGGCAGAAAGAGGAGGUGUUGGGAGAGGAGCAGGUACGGGUGGAUGAGGCGAACGAACCGCCCAAGAGGACAUUUGUGCCGGAUAGCGAGGAUGAAGGUGAGGAAGAGGAAGAGGAAAUGCUGUUUGAAAUCAAGGACAAGCACAUUUUGGCACCACGAGUGCAAGACACGGAUGCGAUAUCAGCACCAGAACUGGAAAAACCAGGACACGCAGACACGGAAGAGCAAGCUACACAAACAAAAUCCAAGAAGAGUACACCAAGCACUCUAAAAUUCAUCCUAAUCGACAAUCUCGCCCGCGUCUUUGGGCCCCUCUCCAAGAACGACAUGAACAAAGCAACAUCCCUCGCAUCCACCCUCCUCUUAACCCUCACCUGUCUAACCCGCCAUCACACUCUCUACACCCUCCUCGUGACCCCCACCACGCCUCCUCCUGCCCCUCGUGCCGCAUCCCCCACACGCGCAGUCCCCUCGCACCGAUCACACGCGCCGAACCACAGCGGUCCAGAUCAACCAGAGCCAAUACCACAGCCUUCGAUUUUCUUGAGCAACAAAGUGGGACCAGGUAUACCGGGCCUAACUGGAUUGAUGGGACUGUACAGUGACGUACGCGUACUAAUCAGUCGGAUGCCUUAUCGGAAAGUGGAUGCAAGGAUCUAUUAUGAUGAGAAUAUUGAUAAGGCGCGGAAGAGGAGGGUAGAGAUGGUCGGGGUGCUGGAGGUGGUGGGGGAUAGAUGGGGAGGGAGGACGGGUAGCUGGGGGGUAUUUGCAAAGGGACAAGAUGGGAUUGUAGAUGUGAAAUAA